ACCAGAUCAAACGACAGAUCAACACAUCCCCAAAGGCCACGUCUCUAGGGUUUUCGUCCAGCGAAUCGAAGAAUCAAGAGGAGUCGCCAUGGCGUCGCGGCCGUCGCUGAAGCCGAAGCCGAAGGGCAAGGGUGGGAAGAGGGGCUCGUCCGCGGCCGAGGACGAGCAGUCCACGGCGGCGGUGGCGGUGCAGCUCGCCAAGGAGUGGAGCACGUGGACGAUGAAGACGGCGAAGGUGGUGGCGCACUGGGGCUUCAUCCCGCUCAUCAUCGUCGUCGGCAUGACUAAGGGAGACGAGCCCAAACCUAGCUUGUUCCAGCUUCUGUCCCCCGUCUGAUCCCAUCCCCGGCGAGCCCUAGACUGGAUCGAUCCAGCUCCUUUUAGUUACUACUAGUAGAUGUUUUUGCUGUUUAUUGAAUCCUGGUGGUUGAGUUCUUGAUCCCUGGGUGGUGAUCUUCUAUCUGAUCUGUGUCGAAUAAUGUUAUGUCGGUGGAUCGAUCCUGGAUUGGAUCGGAUCUUGUUAGAUACCUGAGAUGCUACGGAUCUGCUAUUAAUAUAUUGUGCUAUGUUGAACUUUCAGUGUUAGUUGUCUGAAUUGUAUUUCUCUGCCUGAUGCGUGUGUAUGUUUUAAUUGAACUAAUUGCUUUGAUUGAUUAGAAGUAAGCAGUACUACUCAUUAUUGCUGUGUUGCGUAAUUUUGGUACUCUUGGUGCCUGACUGCUCAUUCAUUCAGUCUACAAUGCUAGCAGAAGCUUUGCUGCCUCAGCAGCCUAGAUGGAUUUAUGGAACACCAGAAUGCACGCCAGUUCAUUGAGGCCAUGGCUAAUUAGUUAGUUGUGUUGUUGUUGAGUCACAGUUUAUACCUGAUAUAAGGUUGUUCUGAAGAAACUGCAAUGUUCUGAAGAAGCUGUCAUCCCAAUAUUAAGGCACUUCCAAAUAGUAAGCCGUGUUAAACGAUUGCCACAUAGAAAUUUUGUGACGAGGACUAGAUAGACAACGUUUUGCCAGUUGAUUAUGGUACGAUUUGUCUACAUCACUGUCUGUAAAGAUUAAUUGUUUGACCUAUUGUUAUGAUCUUAAGAAGUUGACGUUCAACUUUAACUUGCUGUGAUCACCACACUUCUGUUUGUGUACAUGUACUUCGAAUGCCAACUUAUACAAGUCGAAUAUACUCUUGCUUUAUUGCACCCUGCAAACAAAUUACAGGUAUCCAUCUAUUCUCACCACAUCAACGGAAUCAUGUCCAGUCCAGUAACAAGGUUACACACCAUCUAAACCACCAUAACCCUGAAGAAAUUAGCCGCUUCACAAGAUGACUGAAUGAAAUGUAUAGUAAUGUACAGUGCUAGUGACUUCACCCACCAAAAGAAAUCCC